CCAUGGGUCGCUCCGGAGAGCCGGGCCUCAUAGCCAACGUGGUGAACGACACCUUGGAGUUCUACCGCUGGACCUGGAGCAUCCGAGAUAAACGUGUUGACAACUGGCCUAUGAUGCAAUCUCCUUUUCCAACCUUGAUAAUAGGCACAUUUUACCUCCUCGCUGUUUGGCUUGGGCCGAAAUGGAUGAAGACAAGGGAGCCUUUCCAGUUUCGCUAUUUGUUGAUUUUUUACAACUUUGGAAUGGUCCUACUUAACUUCUAUAUUUUCAAAGAGCUGUUUUCGUCAUCAAGAGCUCGGGGAUACAGCUAUAUCUGUCAGUCUGUGGAUUACUCAGAUAAUGAAUAUGAAGUUAGGAUAGCAGGAGCUUUAUGGUGGUACUACAUAUCCAAAGGGAUUGAGUAUCUGGACACAAUAUUCUUCAUCCUAAGAAAGAAAUUUAAUCAAAUCAGCUUUCUUCAUGUCUAUCACCAUUUCACUAUGUUUACUUUAUGGUGGAUUGGCAUAAAGUGGGUUGCAGGAGGACAAGCAUUUUUUGGAGCUCAUAUGAAUGCUUUCAUUCAUGUUGUUAUGUACAUGUAUUAUGGACUAGCUGCCUGUGGCCCAAAGUUCCACAAGUAUCUUUGGUGGAAACGAUACUUGACCAUAAUGCAAUUAGUUCAGUUCCAUUUGACUUUUGGCCACGCCGCCCUGUCUAUUUAUAUUGAUUGCCCCUUUCCUAGAUGGAUGCAUUGGGGUGUCAUUUUCUAUGCCACCACUUUCAUUAUUCUGUUUGGUAACUUCUACUAUCGGACAUACAAGAUGCCCAAGCAGCCCAAGGAGCUCAAGCAAAAAGAGAAGAAUGGCAAGAUCACCAAUGGCGUAAUAGCAAAUGGUAUAAGGAAAUCAGAAAACGGUGCAGUUAUGGAAAAUGGAAAAGUGCAUAAGAAAGCCAAAGGAGAGUAACUUGAUUCAAGCCUUAAACAUUGCGAGCAGUGAGGAUUCUUCAAUCUGAUAAUAAAAGAAAAGGAAAUACUGUCCUGUCUUUACCAAUUGACCUUUAGGUUAUUGAAGAGAUAGAAAACAUUAUUUAUGAAGAUUGUUUUAACAACAAAAAUCCUAUUGUAAUUAUGUAAUUAUUGAGAUUCGUUAACUUUAUGUAAACUUUUAGACUGUGGGUGUUGGUAAUGUAAGAAAGAAUUGCUGCAAUAUUAUUUACUGUCAAUCCAAUGGUUAAAAUUGCAGUUAACCAAGGAUACAAUUGAUUUAUUGAAACAGACAUCUUUUUGAAAAAGAGAGCUUACAAAUUCUACCAUUUCUAGUCAAUGUUUUAAGCAAAAAAAAAAAAGCCCUCAAUGAAAAUAUGGAGAGGGAGGUUUGCUCUCUUUUUAAAUAAUUUGUAGUUUCUUAGUCUAAAUUAUACAGUAUUGCUGUAUUAGGUUGUUCUAAUUUUUCCCUUAUGUCUGUUACAUUGUUGUUCAUUGUGUGAAAAUACACCUACCUCUUUAUUUGGUAAAAAAUAACAACUACUAUUAAAUAUUCAUUUCUGAAAUAAGGAGCCCGUA